AUGGCGUUUAAAGGUAGAUUGGCUGCUUUAUAUGGUUCAUUAGAUGAGAUCAAUGAAAAAUUAUCUAUUAAUGAUACUCAUAUAGUUUUGAGUGGUGGUGAUGGGGUCGUUUUGCAACAGAGAUGGAUUGGUAGUGUCGAUGUUGAUGGUGUGGAUUUGGAUUUCCAAGGUAGGAUUACUUGGAGAGGUCCUGACACUCACUGUAUUGAUGAAAGUAAUGUCAUUGAACCUAAGCUAGCAAAGGGACUGACUGUUUAUGUAGAUAGAAAUAGUGGUGGUAAAUCUGAAAGAAGCAGUGGAGGGUUAAAAGGUUAUCCGUUGGUGGAUUCUGUGGUUUACAAGUCUUAUCAUGAGGAUGGGGAAGAAUUUAGAAUUAAGGAUUUCUUACCUGACUCGGUAGAUUUGGGAUUUGUCGAUUGGGAUAAGUCUAAAGAUUAUGAUAUUUCGAUUACAAACUCUACUAUUCAAAUUGUUGAAUAUUCUAGAUUGAUUGGGAACGAUACGUUUACUUACGGUAAGUUGAGUGGUACUGAUAAAGUAGAAGCAGGUCUUUUUUAUGCAGAUGCUCAAGACGAGCAAGAUAUCAACUUAACAGGUGUAAGGUGUACUUGGGAUGAUGAUGAUAACCAAUUAGAAGGUUGUCAAAAGACAAUGUUAUUUUAUAACCCUGCUCAUAUCAACUUGGCAGACAAGAUUGGUGAUGAUACUAAUCAACAGAUCUUAGAUAUAGAAUCCCCAAUUGGCUUGCAUCCAAAAUUAUUGAUAGAUUUAAGAAAUCAAACUAAUUCUGGGAAAAACUGUAAAUAUUUUCUAUAUUCACAAUUGCCUUUGCAAUUAUUUGUUGAUAAAUUCCAAUCGGAUCCAGUGGUGCUAUUUGGUGAACAUGAUUUGGAAUUACCAGAUUACAAACUAAAAUCAUCAUGGGGUUCAGAAGUAUUGUUUGCAUUAGAAAACGAUAAAUUAAAUGAAAUUACAUUGCAUUCAAGAUAUGUUGAACCUGUAGAAGGUGGUGGUUAUUUAAACGUGGGUUUCAAUCCAGCUGUUUUCCUUGCAUGUGAUUCAGGUAACGAUAACAUUAAGCAAAAUCCAUUUUACUCAAAAGGUUUAGGUUUUGAAUCGUUUUUCACUGAUGAUACCAUCUUUAAGCAUAUUGCAAAUAAAGAUAUUACGGUUCCAAUUCCAAGACCAGAUACAGAAGUGUAUCAGACUGUGACAACGAUUACAUCUGUUUGUCUCAUAGUAUCUAUGAUUUAUCUUUUUAGAAAACUAUUCGGCAGAGUUGAACCCUCUGUCAAGUCAGAGACAAAGGAAAAUUCAGAAAAAUAA